GCAACAUGUCGUCGAGUGAACUAGCUCUAGCUACUAAGCUGGUCAAGUCAGCAAAGAUACCUCUGUACACGUCGCCUACUGCGCUGACGUGGGUCUUGCUUGAUUACUUCGACACUCUCCCAGAUGAGGUCCGGUACAUGUGGCCCGGAGCUCAGGGCCUCGGGAAAAUGUUAUUCUACUGGAUUCGAUACUACACGAUUCUAGUGACAGUCUUUGACGUCGCCCAAAUCCACUCCUUUUCAAAGUUUAGACCAAGUCUAACGACUUGUGUCGCCAUGGAUUCGGUCAUUCGUAUUGUCGGCGCGAUCAGCCUUUGGUCCGUCGAGAUUAUUAUGCAGCUCCGAAUUUAUGCGCUCUACAACUGCUCAAAGAGGGUGGCUGCCUUUAACAUUUUCCUUUUCCUGAUGUCUAUCGGAGGUUUCUUCUGGAUCCUCGUCCACAAUGCUCAGGGCCGUGCCGCUGUUAUCCAUCAGGCAAAGGCUCUUCCCAUUCCUGGCUGCCCGGUAGUGCAUACGGGGAUCGAAUGGGCUCAGUGGAUUCCUGCUACGGUAUUCGAAGGGGUUCUGUUCGUCUUUGCUCUCCUCAAAUCGCUCCACACAAUUUUCGCGAAGUUCCGGGGAGGUGUAAACAUGAUGCACACGAACGGCAUGCUUUUUACAAUCAUUGUAAAUGACAACUUGCUGUAUUUCUUCGGCAUUUCCGGUUUGCUGGUCCUCAAUAACCUGAUGGUCGUCGGCGCUACCAAAAUCCCCUGGUUCAGUUACAGCCCUUUCCACGCCGCAAUGGGAAUAAUGACAAGCCGUCUGCUAAUGCAUCUCCACAAGGCAGUGGUGCAUGGAAGAGUCGUCAUGUCAGGAGUGAACCCCAGCCGCACAAACAAUGCCACUACCAUGAAUACGUACCCCAUGCAGAUGAUGUCCACAAAUGGAACCAUGAGUUGGAACGUCGAUAGGAAUGCGUCUCUUGGAUCCUCCACGCUGAUUGCGAGCGAGGAUAGGUAUCUGGGUCGAUAUACAGACGCUUAA